AUGAACCAUUGCUCGAUGAGGUGGAACUUCCCAGAAGCAAAGCCACAGUAUUCCCACAUCAAGAAAUUAGAUAGUAGCGAGGCUACUGUCUCACUUAAACAUCUACCCCCAAAAGGAACUGGGGACAGCAGCCUUGCUGAUUUACCACAGCAUUUAUCAUAUUUUUAUUCUUCUCACCUUGGUCCCUCUUCGUUUCUCAAAUGCCAUACAACUGUGGCCCUCAGCAACAAUUCUUGUUCAAUGUCACAGGGGAGGAGUGUUGGCUUCCUUGUCACCCCUUACUCUUUUAAUUCCUCUCUUAUUUCUUUCACUUUUUUUCAGUUUUCCAUUCUAUUCUGUUCUUUUUUAUCUCUUCCUUGGUUCGUAUUUCGUUCAUUAUUGACGUCACACGUUUCGUCCUUUCUUUCUUUCUUUCUUUCUUUCUUUCUUUCUUUCUUUCUUUCUUUCUUUCUUUCUUUCUUUCUUUCUUUCACCUCUUCUGCUUUUCAUUUUUCCCCUUUGUUUCAACUUUUCUUCUUUCCGUAUUUUUUCUUUUCUUUUUUUUUCUUACAUUAUUUCUUCUUUGUUUUAUUUUUCGGAUUUCUUUCCGUUUCUUUUUGUCUUCAUUUUUUUUCUUUCCUUCUUCCCAACCAUUUUUUACCUUAUUCUCGCUGA